GUUCUACUGACCCAUCAAGCGUCUAAAAGGAGUUUUUCGCGAUCGUUUGAUUUCCAAGCGAGCGACCUUUGCGGCGAAGAAGGCGAAUCAAGAACUAGCCCAUUUGAAAGUCGGUUUCCUAUAAAUAUUGGGAUUACUGGAUAUGUUGCCGCGAGGGGAGAGACUGUGAAUAUUGUUAAUGCGUACGAUGAUAGCCGGUUUGAUCCCAGCGUGGAUAGAAACAGCAACUUUCAGCAUAAAAGCAUCCUUUGUAUGGCUAUUAAAAAUUCUUCGUGCGAAAUUAUAGGCGUUAUCCAAUUGAUUAAUAAAUUUAAUGAUUUGCCGUUUACCAAAAAUGAUGAAAACUUUGUGGAGGCUUUUGCUAUUUUUUGUGGGAUGGGAAUUCAUAACACCCAUAUGUAUGAAAAGGCUGUUGUGGCCAUUGCCAAACAAAGCGUUACUCUUGAAGUUUUAUCUUAUCACGCAACAUCAAGUAUAGAAGAUGCUCAAAGAAUUAGACAAAUGAGGGUUCCAUCUGCGGUAUCGUUUUGUUUGCACGAGUUCUCUUUCGAUGAUGUUGGGUUAUCUGAUGAUGAAACUCUUACGGCAUGUAUAAGAAUGUUCCUUGAUCUUGAUCUAGUCGAGAGGUUCCACAUGGACUAUGAGGUCCUCUGUCGGUGGUUGUUAUCCGUUAAGAAAAAUUAUCGUAAUGUUACCUAUCAUAAUUGGCGGCACGCUUUUAAUGUUGCCCAAAUGAUGUUCUCCAUUUUAACAGCUACUGGUUGGUGGAAUAUUUUCGGAGAAAUUGAAGUUUUAGCUUUGAUAAUCGGUUGUCUAAGCCAUGAUUUGGAUCAUAGAGGAACCAACAAUUCCUUUCAAAUAAAAGCUUCAUCUCCUUUAGCCCAAUUAUAUUCAACCUCAACAAUGGAACAUCAUCAUUUCGAUCAGUGCAUAAUGAUCUUAAAUUCGCCAGGGAAUCAAUUAUUAUCAAACCUUUCGCCAGAGGAUUACUCUGGGGUGAUAAAGGUAUUGGAGGAAGCAAUUCUAAGUACCGAUUUGGCUGUGUAUUUUAGAAAACGAGGUAUAUUUUUCAAUGUAAUAAGAAACGGCCCGGUGUGGGCUAAAGACGACCAUCGGGAACUGCUCAGGGCGAUGUUAAUGACAGUUUGCGAUUUAGCGGCAAUCACGAAACCUUGGGAGGUCGAGAAGAGGGUUGCGGAAUUAGUUUCGUCGGAAUUUUUCGAACAGGGCGACAUGGAACGGGAGAAAUUAAAUCUUACACCUAUUGAUAUCAUGAAUAGGGAAAAAGAAGAUCAGUUACCAUUAAUGCAAGUCGGAUUCAUCGACUCAAUCUGCUUACCAAUUUAUCAAGCAUUUGCUGAGUUAUCAGACAAAUUAGAACCUUUAGCAGAGGGAGUGCGAAUAAAUAGAGCGCAUUGGGUGGAGUUGGCGGAAGAAUACAAUCUUUCCGCUCCUUCGGAUGACGUCGUUGAAAAAGACACCAACGAUAACAUGGCAAUCUCUAAAUCUAGCGUGAAUGAUGAUUCGGAAGAAACUGAAACCACCCCGAAUUCGCCAGCCCAUAAUUGUUGUUCAACCGAAUCUGAUUAACAAAAAGAAACCGCACCCUUAACUUAUUGUCAUUAGCCUUUAAUUUACAAAAAAACGUAUACUAACGAUUGUAUUUAUAAUGUAGAUAUCAGAUGACCUUAUUUAUUUUCUAUGUUAAUUGUUAAGAAGCAAAGACUUAAUUAACGUUUAGGAUUGCGCAAGGUUGGUACGUAACUUUUUUUAGAAAAUUGUUUCGGUUCUUAAAUUGCCUUAAAUUAAAUUAAAUUAAAUGAUAAAAAUGAACUUGGCUUUUAUGGAAGUAAAUCAAAAUGAUAUAUAUUGUAGAAUAUGGACCAUUAAUAUUGUGAAAAUAUAAAAAUAGUACAACAGUACAAAAAUAUUUGAAACAAGUUUUUUAAGGCAAUAAUCAAAAUUUUUCGUCUAUUUAAAAAAAAAACUAUACUGUUUUAAGAGCCGCAUAUUUAACACCUAAUAAUAAAAAAAUCACCCAUUACACUAUUACUUUUUAAUCUUAUUCAUAGCAUAGUAUCGUUUGCUCUCUCGUUAAAAAAAAAACACGAACCCUCACCUGUAAUUCGACCACUAUGUCUAUGUCUCUUUUGUGAUAUUUGUUGUCCGAUCGGACGAUGCGUAUUUCAUUACGGUAUUAUUAUUAGUUAAUCGCGUCAACCAAAGUGUAUAUUGGCGAUAAUUUGUGCUAAUUGUGGGUUAUAAAAUUUAACUGUUGAAUGAACGCACAAAGUAUGAUGUUAUUGAUUUAAUAUAAUAAUUGAUGAAUGAAUGAACGAGGUAUUCCAAAAACCCCCUUAAAAAAAUUCAUCCUUUAAAAUCUCUGUUUAUUUCCGGUUAAAUUAAAUUAAAUUCAUUUUUAAUCCUAAAGAUGUAUGUAGAGAGUAGAAAAUCAAAUUGACCACUAAUAUAUUUAUGAACUACUUAAAAAA